UGGCCAGCGCAGAGAGGCUGGGCUUGUGAGCACAGCAGCUCCGGAGGUCGAGCUGGGCUGAGAUUGCGGGCCGGCAAAAGCCGGCGGGGACGCGGUCGGGGCUAUGCUGGGCAAGGAUUACAUGCUGGCCAUCAUUCUGGUCAACUGCGAUGAUGACUUGUGGGGGGACCAGAGUCUUGAGGGGGAGCCAGGACUGCCCCCUGGCUGGAGGAAGAUACGCGAUGCUGCAGGUACUUACUAUUGGCAUGUACCCAGUGGCAGCACCCAGUGGCAGCGCCCAACCUGGGAAACAGGAGAUGGAGAGGACCCAGGCACGAGGACGGAGAGGAUUUGGGGACUUCGGCCCCCCAAGGGGAGAUCCUUCUCUAGCCUGGAGAGCUCAUUGGACCGCAGGAACUCUCUGUCCUGGUAUGGUGAGGAAUCCUACAUCCAGAGCAUGGAGUCAGGGGCUAAGUGCUUUGCAGUCCACUCCCUGGGUUGGGUAGAGGUACCCGAAGAGGAUCUGGUACCAGGAAAGAGCAGUAUUGCAGUCAAUAACUGCAUCCAGCAACUGGCCCAGACUCGCAGCCGUAGCCGCAGCCAGCCCCCAGAUGGUGUCUGGGGCGAGGGCCAGAACAUGCUGAUGAUCCUAAAGAAGGAUGCCAUGAGCCUGGUGAAUCCUCUGGACCAUAGUCUGAUCCACUGCCAACCUCUGGUGCACAUCCGUGUGUGGGGUGUGGGCAGCUCCAAGGGCCGUGACAGCCCCAUCUCUGACCCUGCCAGGGACUUCGCUUUUGUGGCGGGUGACAAAGACAGCUGUAUGCUCAAGUGCCACGUGUUUCACUGUGAUGUCCCUGCCAAAGCCAUCGCCAGUGCCCUGCAUGGGCUCUGUGCCCAGAUCUUGUCAGAGCGAGUGGGUGUCAAUGGUGAUUCCCCUUGCUCCUCCCUAGACCCCAUUUCCCCUGAAGACCUACCACGGCAAGUGGAGCUGCUGGAUGCAGUGAGUCAGGCUGCUCAGAAGUAUGAGGCACUGUACAUGGGGACCUUGCCAGUCAACAAAGCCAUGGGCAUGGACGUGCUGAAUGAGGCCAUUGGUACCCUCACCACCCGGGGGGACCAGGAUUCCUGGGUCCCUGCCAUGCUCAGUGUGUCUGACUCUCUAAUGACUGCACAUCCCAUUCAGGCAGAAGCUGGUGCAGAGGAGGAACCACUAUGGCAGUGCCCUGUGCGCCUCAUGACCUUCAUUGGCGUUGGUCGUGACCCUCACACCUUUGGCCUCAUUGCUGACCUGGGCCGUCAGAGCUUCCAGUGUGCAGCCUUCUGGUGCCAGCCCCAUGCAGGGGGACUCUCUGAAGCUGUGCAGGCGGCUUGCAUGGUUCAGUACCAGAAGUGUCUUGUGGCCUCUGCAGCUCGAGGCAAGGCCUGGGGUGCCCAGGCCCGUGCCCGCCUGCGGCUCAAGCGGACCAGCUCCGUGGAUUCCCCAGGAGGUCCCCUGCCGCUCCCCCUGCUCAAAGGAGGGGUUGGGGGUGCAGGCGCAGCCCCUCGAAAGCGGGGUGUCUUCUCUUUUCUUGAUGCCUUUCGCCUGAAGCCCUCUCUGCUCCAUAUGCCCUAAAUUAAUCCAGGACUGGGUAAGGAGGCUCUAGGUCCAUACCCAACUCUGUACCCGUUCAUUCUCCAGGGGCCUGUAGCCUCUCACUCCUUGAAGCCUUCUCUGCCUGCUCCUCUGGCUCUUGCCUACCCUCUGUUUAUUGCCCAGUUUAUUAAAUGUUGAUAGGGAUGACUGAGAGGCCCUGCACCACAACCCAGGCCCCUGGCUGUCCUUUCCCUGGGUCCCCGUGUUCCUUGCCCCUGUCUGGCCCUGGACAGUUGGCUCUACCUCAGCAACACUUUAUAGCAAAAUCAGUACAAAUAAAAAUCCCUCAGUGACCUCA